AUGUCGACAACAACCAUCACCGCGACGGUGCGCAAGAAGGAUGCGAACCUCCCACCGGAAGGCGAACGGUUCCUUCGAUGCUGUGCAGAUAUUGCCGGCGCCCUGAUUGAAGACCAUGAGGCAGCGAAGGAUCCCUCCCGCCCCCGAAAGGAUAUCAACCUGAAUACACUCCGAUCCAAACUCGCAAAGAAGCAUAAAAUUAACAACGUACCACCACUCACUGCCAUCAUCGCCGCCGUUCCAGAACACUACAAAAAGUAUAUCCUGCCCAGGCUCAUUGCGAAACCGAUUCGAACAUCCUCUGGUAUCGCUGUCGUAGCUGUGAUGUGCAAGCCGCAUCGAUGCCCUCACAUCGCCUACACCGGCAAUAUCUGCGUCUAUUGCCCAGGCGGCCCGGAUUCGGACUUCGAGUUUAGUACACAAUCUUACACUGGCUAUGAACCGACAUCCAUGCGCGCCAUCCGAGCGCGUUACGACCCCUUUGAACAGGCUCGCGGGCGAGUCGACCAGCUCAAGGCACUCGGGCAUUCGGUAGAUAAGGUGGAGUACAUCAUUAUGGGCGGGACGUUCAUGUCUCUGCCGGAGUCAUACAGGGACGAGUUUAUUUCACAACUUCACAAUGCGCUUAGUGGAUACGGGACGUUGAACGUGGACGAGGCCGUUCGGGCUGGCGAGCAAAGCAGCAUCAAAUGCGUCGGUAUCACGAUCGAGACACGGCCAGAUUACUGCCUACAGCCACAUCUUUCGAGCAUGCUUCGGUACGGGUGCACUCGUCUUGAGGUUGGAGUCCAAUCACUUUACGAAGAUGUUGCCCGCGAUACCAAUCGUGGGCAUACCGUUGCAGCGGUUGCGGAGACAUUCUGUCUAGCGAAAGACGCCGGUUUCAAAGUUGUCAGUCAUAUGAUGCCCGAUCUCCCCAAUGUCGGGAUGGAGCGCGACCUAGAUCAGUUUAGGGAAUACUUCGAAUCUCCUGCCUUUCGAACCGACGGCCUCAAAAUCUACCCUACGCUUGUCAUCCGCGGGACAGGACUCUACGAGUUGUGGCGAACGGGUCGUUACCAAAAUUACACGCCUAACGGCCUCAUUGAUCUUGUGGCACGCAUUCUUGCACUUGUUCCACCCUGGACGCGGAUCUAUCGAGUGCAGCGCGAUAUCCCAAUGCCGCUGGUGACGUCUGGUGUGGAAAACGGUAACCUGCGGGAGUUGGCGCUGGCUCGGAUGAAGGACUUCGGUACCACAUGUCGGGAUGUGCGGACACGGGAGGUCGGUGUCAACGAGGUCAAGCACAAGAUCCGGCCGAACCAAAUCGAGUUGGUGAGGCGUGAUUACGCGGCCAACGGCGGGUGGGAGACCUUCCUCGCUUACGAGGACCCAAAGCAGGAUAUCUUGGUCGCCUUGCUGCGCUUGCGCAAGUGCAGCGAGAAGUACACCUUUCGCGAGGAGCUGGUCGGGCAACCGACGAGUCUAGUGCGCGAGUUGCACGUGUAUGGCAUGGCGGUGCCGGUCCAUGCACGCGAUCCACGCAAGUUCCAACAUCAGGGAUUCGGGACUCUGCUGAUGGAGGAGGCUGAACGGAUUGCGAGGGAGGAGCAUGGGAGCGAGAAGAUCAGUGUUAUUUCAGGGGUUGGCGUCAGGAGCUAUUAUGCCAAGCUAGGAUAUUGGCUAGAUGGACCAUACAUGUCCAAGUGGUUGGAUGGGAGACCUGGGCCGGAAGAGUAG